AUGCCGCCGUUCUUUGGCACCGCGACGCUGCGCUGCGCGCAAGCGCUCUCGCUGCCACGCAGCUGGACAAGACGGAACCCCCGCACAGUCGCUGACGGCGCGGCGGCGGCGGCGGCGCCUGCGGCGCCCGAAUCGCCCGACGCCUCGCAGCCGCCCGCAGGCGCCGCCGAGGGCGUGGGCGGCAGCAGCACCGGCGCCGACAGCGCCACCAUGCAGCUGAGCGUGAGCGUGGUCACGGCGAUCGAGCAGGUGGCGCAGGAGGAGUGGGACGCGGUGGCCUGCAGUGGCGGGGAGGUCAACCCGUUUGUCACGUGGAAGUUCCUGUGGAUUCUGGAGGCGUCCGGCUCGGCGGUCCGGGAGGAGGGGUGGGCGCCGCAGCACGUGGUAGUCAGGGACGAGGCAGGGAAGCUGGUGGGAUGCUGCCCCCUGUAUUUGAAGGGCCACUCCUAUGGGGAGUACGUCUUCGACUCGAGCUGGGCCAACUUUUACCAGAUGCGCGGCGGCAGGUACUACCCCAAGCUCCAGAGCUGCGUCCCCUUCACGCCCGUCAGCGGCCCACGCCUGAUGGUCGCCCCCGGCCCCUACCGCGCCCCCAUCCUCAAGGCGCUCGCCGAGACGCUCGUCGCGAUCACAGACCGCAUGGCCGUGUCGUCGCUCCACAUCACGUUCAGCGGCGCCGAGGAGUGGGCGGCGCUUGGCGCGCUGGGGCUGCAGCAGCGGAGGGGGAUCCAGUUUCACUGGGAGAACGACGGCUACUCGACCUUUGAGGAUUUCCUGGCAGCGCUGAAGCAGAGCAAGCGGAAAAACAUCCGGCAGGAGCGCAAGGCCGUCGCGAAGCAGGGCCUGACCGUGCGGCGGCUGACGGGGGCGGCCAUCCAGCCGCACCACUGGGACAAGUUCCACGAGUUCUACCUCAACACCGUGGACAAGCGCUGGGGCAGCGCGUACCUGACGCGCAGGUUUUUUGAGAUGCUGGGCGAAGAGAUGGCAGACCAGGUGCUGCUGGUGGUCGCCGAGAACGCUGACGGGGAGAUGGUGGCCGGGGCGCUCAACCUCAUCGGCAGCCAUGCGCUGUAUGGGCGGCAGUGGGGGUGCGAGGCCGGCAGGGAGUACCGCGGGCUCCAUUUUGAGUGCUGCUACUAUCAGGCGAUCGAGGAGGCGAUCAAACGCGGGCUGCCUCGGGUGGAGGCGGGGGCGCAGGGGGAGCACAAGGUCCAGAGAGGCUACCUGCCAAACUACACUUACAGCGCCCACUACUGCCGGGACACGGUGCUGCGGUCAGCUGUGGGAAGCUUCCUGGAGCGGGAGGCGCAGCAGAUCAACUACUCGUGGCAAGCCUUAACCUUGGAGGGAAGCCCUUACAAGAAGGACAAGACUCUUACCUACUUGAUGGAGAAGAUCUCCGCAUUCUCAUCUCUCAGCAGCGGCUCGAGCCUGGACAGCCGCAGCUUUGACGGCGGCGAUGAGUGA